UGAUCCUCCGGCGGCGGCCGUGUGGGCUGUGCCGGGUCUUAGUUGCGGUGUGCAGGAUCUUCGUUACAGCAUGUCCUGUUGGUUGGGAAUCUUGGUCCUAGCAGUGUGUUUAUUUGGACAGAAUCCUCUCACAGCAAAACAAGCUGAGGUCCCAUGGAGCUCAUCAUCCAUACAUAGAAUCUAUACUGGAUUUGUUGAUACUGGUGAUGUUUGGCAGAGACUGAAUACCUGGCUUGUAGAAGAAAAUGUACCUCACACUCGGUCUUGCUCUCGUACGUGGAAGGCACACAUGACCGGUGACCAUGUCUUCUGCAUGCCUGGAGAUAAGGCGGCCACAGGACCAAUAGGGACUCCUGGUGGCCAGUGCACCCUUGUACAAAGGAUUGGCCCUAAUUUGGUCAUUUCAGGCAAAGAUGUAACUAUAAACACCACCCUGAAUCCAGAAAUUAAGGUUUCCCAAGCAGUUCUUGGAAGGCAGUUCCUGGCAGCACUAAAACCCCAAAGAAGCAAAGAGAAGCCAAAACAAAAUUCAGAUACCCUUCAUGGAACGUUUGCUUUGUUAUGGAGGGCAGUGCUGCUAAAGAGAAAUGACUUCUCGGGUUUUCCAUAUAUUGUCCCUAAUGGUGUCCCCAGAAAAGUAAACUUGGUGCCACAUAGAUUAAUGUGCUACAAAGUAAGACUGUCCAGGAACCCUGAGAACGUCUGUGCCCCAUGAGAUGGGAAGGACAGGCAAGCCCACUUCCUAUGUUACCCUGGGUCACUCUACCAUAGGCAGCCUGGGAGUGGGCAGGCACUGGGCCUGAUACCACGGUCCAAAUGGGGUCAGGGUCCCCAUUAAUGUGGCAUGCUCUGGACUGGGUUUGGGCAUUUCUGAAUCAGCAGCCUGAAGAGGUUCUCUAAUUAGACAUGUCAGAAAUCAACAGAAUUUGGAGGGAGGGGUAGGGAUGAGAGGACAGGUAAGAGGAAAUAGAGAGGAAACUAAUGCUGAUGGAAUAGCUGCUUGCAUCAGUCAGCUUAUGUAACAAUGAUGAUAGUAAUAAUAAUGGUAUCUUACAUUACUCAGCAUUUACUAUGUUCCAGGCUCCGUUCUAGCUACUUUACAUAUAUUAUCUCAUUUACUCCUUUCCGCAACCUUAUUAUGAAGUGGGUAUUUUUAUUAUUAUCCCUGCUUAUAAGAACCAAGACACUGAGUACCUUGAUCAAGCAGACACAGCUUGAGAGGGGUGGGAGCAGGAUAUAUAUGUUCAUCACUUCAUUUAAUACUCACAACAACCCGAUGAUAUAGAUUUUCAUCAUCUCCAAUUUACAGGCAAGAAACUAAGGCCCUUGGACCAGCAACAUCAGCAUCACUCAGGAGCUUGUUAGAAAUGCAAAAUCUUUGGCCCCACUUCAAACCUACUGAGGCAGAAUCUGGACAGAACCACUGGUCUAGACCGGAGGGCCCAGCGAGUCCCAAACUUGCACGUGCAUGUGAGUCGCCCAGAGACCGUGUUAAAACCUGGAUUCCUGGGCCCCACCCACCCUUGGAGAUGCUGAGUCCCUGGUAUUUAGCAGCAGUAUUUUGGCCCUCUGUAGAGUUGCUUCCAUAAGUUGUUUUUGGCAUCACAUCAUCUACCAACAUUAGCUGAUAUUGAAAAGCAAAAUUUUCAUACCAGUUUAGGAACAGGAGUCAAAGUUUCAUUUUAAUUCAGGGGUUGACAGACUUUUUCUGUAAAGGCCCAAACUGUAGAUAUUUUACUCUGUGUGGGCCACUGGGUCUCUGUCAUGUCACAGAAGCAGCCAUGGUCAGUACGUAAACAAAUCAGUGUGUUUGUUUUCCAGUAAAACUCAAUCAACUCCCCCUCCUUUAACUCAGAACCAAGGGAACCUCUGGUGAUGGCAGCAUGCCCUAGUGCAGAGCGGAUUUGAAGAAUGGGGAUCUUAACAUUUGGAAAGGAGAGGACUAAGUAAAAUAGCUCAUACUGUAGGGGAGGAAAAACAGUUUCCCCUCUACUCUUCUAGGUUCUUGGCUGAGACGCCCUUGUAGCAAAAUACAGAUUAACAAAAGAAAAACCAUUUUAAUUACUAUGUAAGGGAGAGCCGCAAAGAUAGGAGACUCAAAAGGCAGCCAGGCAACUGAGGCUUAUAUACCACCCUGAGCUGAGAAAAGGGACAAGGGUCUGGGCCUUCAAAUGGAGGAGGGCCAUUCAUGGGAAGAGGAGAAGAGCAGAUGUUUGGUGAACAGAUGUUUGCCGGAGGUGCAGAUAAGUCUCUCAGAAGAAAAAGUGAUAUUGGGUAAUAGCUCUCUUCCUCAUACAGGGCCCCUUUCUAAUUUCUUUUAGGCAGUUAAGAGGGAGGUAAAAAGCUUUUUCUGAGUCUGCUGGGCCUUGACUGCUUUCAGUUCAAAAUAAUCCACAUGUGAAAGUGGUACUUUUUAGGGCAGCCUGUUCUGAACCCCCUCCAUACCAUAUGCCUAGUUAACUUUCUUCAGGCUGAUUAAACCAUAACACCUUUGGGGUAACUUUUCUACCAGGCUAUAAAAUCCUAAUACUUUAUCAGUUUCUGCAAACCUCUCAUCUCACAGGCUAUAAAUUGUCACUGUUUUUUAUCAUUUGUGUUAUUAAUUUAAAAAAAAAAGGCGUGCCAACAAAUUUGCCUUCCCCGAGAAUAUCAAGUGAGAGUUCCAUUUGACAAGGUCCUGCUUUUACUCAAGCAGCCAUAUUAUUUUCUAAUAACAGAAAAGGCAUUUUAAAAAAUCAAGUAAUCACCUUCUAUCAUUUUCCAAGUGUGGGAUAACUUUUCUCAUUGGCCUGAUGAGAAAAAGCCCCAUGGUACUCAGUGCUGAUUGCUGUAAGGAUUACUGUUGGUUAUUAUUAUGCUGUAAAGAUUAUUACGGUUUUCUAGCUUAUAGGAUGUCAUCUUGGAGUCCCCACAGGAUAAACUCUCCUGUCUCCUGUGAAUCAUGUGACCUUCCUAACCAGACACCAAGGCAUGAGUUUCGUGUCCUCACUUUCUCUCUGGUGUUAUAAUCUUAUGUUACCUACACUAGUUUUUACUUAGUUUCUACUUUCUCCAUUUCCUUAAUGUUUGUCUUAUUUGGGGGCAUUUUUGUAAAUUGUCUCCUAUCCUUUUUGGAAUACAAAUUCAUUUAAAUCAAAAAGAAUGUUCAGGACUUCCCUGGUGGCGCAGUGGUUAAGAAUCCACCUGCCGAUGCAGGGACACAGGUUCGAUUCCUGGUCUGGGAAGAUCCCACAUGCCACGGAGCAACUAAGCCCGUUUGCCACACUACUGAGCCCACGUGCCACAACUACUGAACCUGUGCUCUAGGGCCUGUGAGCCGCAACUAAUGAGCCCAUGAGCCACAACUACUGAGCCCAUGUGCCACAACUAAUGAAGCCCAUGCACCUAGAGCCUGUGCUCCGCAACAAGAGAAGCCACCGCAAUGAGAAGCCCGCGCACCGCGACGAAGAGCAGCCCCCGCUCGCCGCAACUAGAGAAAGCCCGUGUGCAGCAACGAAGACCCAAUGCAGCCAAAAAUAAAUUAAUUAAUUAAUUCACUAAAAAAAAAAAAAGAGAAUGUUGAAAUUUGAGGAUUCUUUAGUUCAAUGUGCCUUGAGGAUGAAGGGGAAAUGAAGCUGGUAUCUGCAUAUUUAGAAAACAACACAUGUGAUAUCUUAACACACCAACUUAAACAUAAGGUACUCACAUUUAGAUGGUCACUUGUAUGACCAAAGGUGAAUGUUCUUGGCUAACGUGCAUCCCACCUAUCUCACCUCAUCCCGCCUAAGAACUCUAGACAGUUACUCUACAGUGCUACUUUUUUCUUUUGUUUUUGAAACAAAAUCCACAUUUUAUUAGAUUGAAAUAAACCGCAAAAUUGUUCAUCUUCACCAAUAAGAAAGCAAUAUUUUCUGUAUUCUUCCUAGGUAAACCACAAAACUCCUGUUUUUGCAAGAAGACCAGUUUUCCUGGUUAUGCAUAUAAAUCAAGAUGAGGAAGCAGAUAUGUUCAUGGAAAAACACCUAAAGGAAAACAGGCAAAACCAGACAAAUCAGUCAUCAAUGUCUCCGAACUCAGAUUCUGUCUUGCCUGUGAAACAGUGUUCAUGGUACAUCUGCUAAAAAGCUGAUGUCCAGUUCGGUGGACUUACAUUCCCUUGAGGACAAAGCCUACACUGAAAUCCUCUUCAGGUGAGCACAUGGCUUCUGUCACUUUCUGGUAACUUCCACAACCAGCCAUUACAGAUUUUUAACAACAUACUCCAAACAUAAUGUACUUAAGUCAGAAGCACCAUUGCACUUUAUAAAUGUGUUCUCCUCCCUUUUCACUCCCUACCUCCUCAACAUUUAUUUCUUCAAAGAACUGAUAACUAAAAUCCUGGUCAUUAGAUCAAUGAUAAUAAACAUCAUGUCCCAAAUGACUUCAGCCCUGCCAUUAUGCCACCAGGGGGGAAUCUCAAAGCAGCACUUUCCAUACCGUCUUCUGGGAGAACACAGAAGUCUUCAAAGUCUGCAAGUUCAGAUUGUGGCUGUUCAACAGGUGAGUGGUCAGUGGCUGAUGGAUUUGGUGAGAGGCCUGUUGGCAAAUUUACCUUCAAUGACUAAGUGGCCUGCAUGUACCUUACAACUUUGCCUCCUAAUAAGCCAAUAAAAGGCACCUUUAAAAAUU